UUCAUCCACCUCGCCGCACUCACCCACGGAGAAAGCAAGGACAUGGGGCUAGUUCAGCUAGUGACAUAUUGAAGUAGCUAGCAGCACGUUAGCGUUGGUUUUCCCAUUAGUUUUAACCAGUUGGCUAACCAGCUAAACUCUGUUAGCAGUUGAUCAGAAUGGCGUUAAUCCUGUUGACGCGGUCUCGCACUCCGUUGAUGAAAACAUCUCGGUCGUUAAAGAGCGACUUCCGCAAAGGGAAGCUUCAAGAUGGCUCCUGUUUCAGCUGUACAUCUCUCAGACUCUCCAGUCAAAGUAGACUGGAUGGUGAUAGGCUGGUGGUCCGAGGUGGGAGCUUGGCUCCGCCCUCCUUCCUAGGCCCCUCGCUGCAUACGGCAUCAGACAGCUACAGGGUUCCAGGCCACGCCACAGACCACACCCCUUCUAUGAGGCUGUACUCUGCUGUAGUGGAAGGCUCCUCCUCUCUGUACCACCUGGGUGGUGGGUACCCACAGUGGACGGGAUCCUGGCGAGGGAGGGGGAACGUGGUCGGGGUACGGUGGAUCCACACCUCCAGAUGUCUCCGUGACGACUCUAAAGUAGAGAAGUCUCUCCGCUCUCUGAAGGAUAAGAACAAGAAGCUAGAGGAGGGCGGGCCGGUUUACAGUCCGACAGUAGACCAUACCAUAGUCAGGAGAACUAUAGGACAGCGUGUUCUGGACGAGGUUAAACACUACUACCACGGCUUCCGACUGCUGUGGAUCGACACGACCAUCGCUGGACGCAUGCUGUGGCAGGUCCUCAACGGGCACCCCCUGUCCCGACGGGAGAGGAGACAGUUCCUAAGAACUUGUGCCGAUGUCUUCCGACUCCUUCCCUUCCUGGUGUUCAUCAUUGUGCCGUUCAUGGAGUUCCUGCUUCCUGUGGCACUGAAGCUCUUCCCCAACAUGCUGCCCUCAACCUUUGAGACGCAGUCCAAGAAGGAGGAGAGGCUGAAGACGGAGCUGCGUGUGAAGCUGGAGAUGGCUAAAUUCCUCCAGGAUACUGUAGAGGAGAUCGCUCUGAGGAACAAGGCAGCCAAGGGAAACGUCACGGAGGAGUUCUCUACCUUCUUUCAGAAGAUCCGUGACUCAGGGGAGCGGCCCAGUAAUGAGCAGAUCAUCAGGUUCUCGAAGCUGUUUGAGGAUGAGUUGACUCUGGACAACCUGACUCGUCCUCAGCUGGUUGCUCUGUGUCGUCUGUUGGAGCUACAGUCUAUAGGAACCAACAACUUCCUUCGCUUCCAACUCAUCAUGAAGCUUCGAGCCAUCCGUGCUGACGACAAGUUGAUAGCGGAAGAGGGGGUGGACACUCUGAGUGUGAAUGAACUCCAGGCAGCCUGUCGAGUCAGAGGGAUGAGAGCUCUGGGAGUCACAGAGGAGAGGCUGAGAGAACAGCUCCAGCAGUGGUUGGAGCUCCACCUGAACCAGCACAUCCCCACCUCGCUCCUCCUCCUCUCCAGAGCCAUGUUCCUCCCGGAUACUCUCUCCCCUGCAGACCAGCUCAAGACCACCCUGCAGAACCUGCCUGACAUAGUGGUAUGUAUGAGUAUAGUGGUAUAAACUGUUUUAUAGGGUUGGUAUACUAACAUGGAAUCAAGGUGUAGCACCCUUCAUUUCAGACUUCUGUUGUAACCUGGAGCGUCAUUCGUUUAUCUCCAUCUCCAGGACAUGGAGGCCCAGGGUUAGAGGUCAGGGUUAGAGGUCAGGGUUAGUGUCUCUGACAUG